AAAAUGGAAACUAUGCAACACGCUCGCUCUAGAGCGAUUGUUUUGCAGGAUUUUGAAAGUUUACUGAAUGAUAUAAACUCGCGAAAGGGUAAAUUUAUUGGGAAUAAUUAUGUGAAAUGUCAGGGUGGUUCGGAUAAUACUUUCGAUAACAUUUCAUUCGACUUAUCUGGUGAUCAGCUAACAGAUUCAAUAACUACAAUUUUUUCUGACAUUCUGCUUUCAGCUAAUAAUUUGAUUCAAACGUCCCAGGAAUUGUUUGAAUCAAUUUCUAUGUAUGAUGAAGUGGAUGAGGGUAGUCCGGUUCUCGAAACGAUUGUUGAGUUUUUACCAUUUUUACAAAAACUUGAGCAGUUUGUCUAUACUACGAGUGAAUUAACUAAAAAUUUAUUACUUCAAAUCCAUGGAUUUUUAACUUUUGGUCGAAAUGAAAUCAAAAAUCAUCGGGCAGAUCAAUUGUCACUAACAAGGAUGUGGAGAACACUUGGGGAACUUUUAUCAACAUUUGCUGGUUUUCUUUUGAAAUUAUUUUAUUAUAAAAUUUUUUUAGUUCUUGACGCAUUAAUUUUAUCACAUCCUUUCCUUCGUGAACAUUGGGCUGUUUUAUUACGUUCUGUUCGUUUGGUGCAAUUUAAUCCAGCUCAAUUUGAUUUGGAAGGACUUUCUACUGGUCGUUUACAACACUUAAAUGCUUUAAUUGAAAGACUAGAUUUAGUUUUAAUGAAUGGGAAGAUUUUGACGAAUACAUGUAUUAAACUUACACGAUUCGACCAACUUUCGUCAGAUCGCCAAUUUAUGGAACGUUUUCGACUAGCAAUAAUGCAAAUGUUAACUAAUUGGGAAAAACAUAUAAAUUCUUCAGAAAAUGCAAUUCCUGAUAAAAAGCGACUUAUUUGUUUAUUAGCAUUAUCUAAAUUAUUUCAUCAUUUAUUACCUGAACGACAAAAACCUGACAAAAAAAUUAUUUCUAAAUUAUUGGGAAUAAACAAAAAUCUAAUUUCUUUCCAUUUAUUUGCUGAUUUGCUGUUUAUACCUUUUGAUUUUAUUUUAAAAGAAAUACCUGGCGCUAGUAAAGUUGUGGAAAGAAAAGUUUCUUCUACAAUAGAAAUUGCAAAAGGAUGUCAAUUAAACAAACUCUUGGAAAAUCUUUACAAAUAUGUUCAAACAUUUUCACUAAAUUUAAAUGAUUGGCAAAAGAGAAUGCAAGACGAAGAAAAUGGAUCUACUGAUUAUUUAAAAUUCUGUGAUUUAUUUAUUGAAGGUAUUCAUAUGGGAGAAAAGUUGAAUAGAUUACUUAAAUAUAUUUUAAAUAUUCAUUUGGCUGAACAAAAACCAAUUUCUAAGGCUAAUGUUAGGCAAAUAUUUGUGCUUAUUCAAUUUGUUAAGACCAUUUCAAAUACCUUUACCUCUAAUUGGAAUUUUAUAAUCGAAGCAAUUAAUUAUGGUUGUGUUUAUCUUUCUACUUCUAUUCUUUCAAUUUUACAAUCAAUUAUUCAAUCAAAUGGAGAAUCUAAACAACCAUUCUUUGCUAAUUCAAUUUUAAAUUCUGCUAUUUCAUUAAGUCAGCCAGUUGGUAGAAAGGCAUUAAUUGUUGCUGGAGUAUCUUUGGAAUUGGCAGAUUAUCAAAAAACACUUCGAGGAAAUGACAUUCAAAUAGACGAAACACUGAAAAAACUCGAUAUUCUCUGCAAUUUUGGCCAUGUACUUUCAAAUUCUACUGAUCUUUCCUUUUUGUAUUGGCAUCGACUUUCACUUAUGCAAGCUUUUUGUGAAGAUUUAAUUCAGGAACAAACAAUUGAUUCUUCGAAUGAUGAUUUACCUAGAACUAUAACUGACUUUUUCAGUGCAAUAAAUGAAUGUGGUCGGUUAAUAAUUUCUGUCAAACAUUGUGAUCAACAAACUUUUUUUCAAACAUUUAGCAAUGAAUUGUUUUUAAUUAUUACAAAUAAUUUUCUCUCAAAACUUUGUACUGAAAUUGAAAAUGAUCUUAGACUUUCUUAUCAUCAACAACAAAGUUCUUCCUUUGAACAAUUAGAAAAAUUGUUUUCCUCUCAUAAUCCUUUACAACAAGAAGAGAAACCUUUAAAUAAACUUUUGUUAAAUUUACUUCAAAUUCCUAAAAUAAAACUUGGAAAUGGAAUAAUUGUUGUUUUUGAUUAUGUCACAAAUUAUUUAUCCUCUACAUUUUAUAAUUUUUCUGUUAUUGCUUUACACGAUUCUGAAGCUUAUAAUCGAAUGAGAAUUUUAGCUAAACAUCGUUACGGGUUUAAUUUAGAAGAUUAUCAAUUACCAACUAGAUGUGUUGAUCAAGGUCUAGAUUUAAUUACUUUAAUGAGUGAAGAGAGAAUGAGUAAGUUUUUGGAGGAUUAUUGUUAUGAUCUCGAUGAACAAAUAAAUACUUCAUAUAAAUAUAUGCGUUCUCAAUUUCAACUUCUUUCUCGCUGCCUUUCUGAUGAAAAACUUAAAUCAACACUAAUUCGUGAAAUUUGUUUUUAUCGAGAUUCUAUCGACCAAUUAGAACAAAUGUAUCCAAUGGAAAGAGCUGAGAAAAUGACAAAUAGUUUGAAACGUUAUUGCCAUAAAAUUGGUGGUGGACCUUCUUUAAAUAUUAUUGAAAGAUUAAGGCUUUUAACUUCAAUGUUUGCCAGAGAAUUUCGAGGAAAUAAUAAAUUUGCUCAUUUAAGAGAUUUUUUUAUUUUAAUCCCAACACUUAUGAUUGCCCAAAUUGAAUAUAUUUCUAAAUGUAGAGCUCGUUUAAGUAACAAAAAGAUAUCAUUAAAUGAAGAUUUGGCUGUUGCUGGGAGUUUUAAUGAACAGUUUAUUUUUGUUGAAGAUGGAUUUAGUAUUGGUAUUUUUUUAAUAUUUAGUAGAGGUUCAACUAGCUGA